AUGCACGACAUUCAAGGCAACAGUGGAUCUAACGCAGAUGAUAAUGAUUCAAGCUCAAAUUCAGAAAGAACAGACACCCAAACAGCGGUAGUUAAUAAGAUCCAAGUUGAAGCGGAUGAUGACGAUAAUCCGUUUCUUGGUUCAAGGGGACCAUCGAGAUAUAGAGCGCUCAGCAGAGCGUUUGAAGCACGAAUGGAUAUGGCACACGUGUCACGAGGUGUCCGUUGGCCAAUACCGCCAGAUUAUUACGAUGAAGACGAAGAAAGUUACGGGCGGAAUCCAAUAAGGCCUAGAAGCAUACUAAGUGAUCUGCGUGACGUUCAAUCACCACAGCCUGAACAGGGCGAUGAGGAAGCCCCGGAGCCGAUAAUAAACUCUAAAGAUCUAGAAUCAGAAAAACAUUCCAACAACAGUGAGCAACUUUUGGAUGAGAGUAAUAACCCCUUUUUAGACGAUGAGGACGACGAUUCCAGCUAUGAUUACGAGAAUGAUGAAAUGCUUGUGGCCGCUCAACAUGCGCGUGGAUUGAGUGCAAAACAAGAUAUGGCUACUCUCAGACUUGGUGUCAGAAUACCGAUACCGUCAAAUUAUUAUGAUAGGGUCUAUGACGAAGACGAGGAGGAUGGAGAAGCAUGGGAUAUGUCAAUACAGCCGAGAAAUCUAUUACACGCAUUGUUUUAUGUCGAUGACAAGGAUGAGCUCGUUGUUGAUAAACGAGAAAAUACGCAGAGAACUGAUGUGACGCCAUUAAAUCGAGACAUACCUUAUCACCUAAGUGAUUUAUUUACGCCACCGCAGAAUUUAAACGCGAGCUAUUCUUUACCAUCAUACAAAACAGAAUCGACCAGGGAAGUGACAAAAUUUGUCGAAGGAAGCGCGCAAGCCGAUUAUGCGAGUCCUACGCAGCCUGAGGAUUAUGAUAGCGAAGAUGCUGAUAACUUUUCCGACGUUAGCAAUAUUAACGAAAACGAGGAGCCGCCUUCGUUCCAUAAUGAGCUGGCUGACGGAAAAGCAGAAGAUUUCGUUGAUGUCAACGAAGAGACUAUCAGUGACGAAAUGUCGGAAUACACCCUCUCAACUGACAACACCAGGUCGGAAGAAGAGAACGCUAGUCCGGCCAACCUAUCAACACCGGGGAGAGCGCCUUCUUUGGACAAUACGAUACGAGAUCAGAACGAAAUGGUGACCCCUAAAACGUUAGAUAAAGACGAGAUGCCGCCCGAAAUGUCAGUGUCAUUAAAACACUCAAUAACACACGAGGAUUCAGGCGGUAGAAGGAAAAGACGACGUACGGACGGAGCGAUAACGGAUGCUGGGUGUUUUCUGUCCACGAGCGAAUGCAAGCAUAUAACGGAUUAUGGAAAAACCUGUAAAUCGCAUGAUCGUACAAGAACGGGGAAGAAAGAAGGAAACUGA